AAUUUUGAUUACUCCCUUCAGAGAUCUGUUACACUUCUGUUAUUUUUCAGGGAUGAUUAGUUUUUCUAGUUGAUAUAAAAUCGGAAUUGUAACGUGUUCAAUAAAAGUAUUACUGUUUCAUACAUGCAAGAGUAUUUUUUAAUGAGAAGAAUAUAGUGAUAUAUUUAUGUGUUGAAUUGAUAGAAAUUACACUCGAGUUCAAAAGAUAAACAAAAUGACAUCGAUAUUCGACCAGUACGAGCAAGCUUCGCAGGUCUCCCAGCGUCCCAUAACAGUGUCGGAUCAAAUGACCUCUUCUGGAUACAUUAACAUGCAAUUAGAAGAUAACACACCGAUGUUUUCGAAACAAAAAAUGAAUUUUAAUCCAUCAGAUUUGAUUACACAUGUCGCAGUUUCCAGCGACUAUUUGGUGUUGGCGAUGGCCAAUGGGAAGCUAUUUAGACUGGAUUUAAAGAUGCCAGAUCAACACGAGGAAAUCCAGUUCACAAAGAGUGUUCAACCAAAUUCAAAAUUAACAUCAAUAUUCCUUGAUCCACUCGGUCACCACUUGCUUCUGGCUUUCGCGGCUCGAAACAAAGAUGGGAGUCCGGAGUUAGUUUAUCUACACCGUAAGAAUAAUAAACUGAAGUCUGUGAGUAAGUCAAGGAAUUAUGAGGUGACAGAAGUUGGGUGGAAUUAUGAGAAUAAAUCGACCACAACGACUGGCCCCAUUUUGUUGGGAACCUCACAAGGCCAUAUCCUCGAAAUGGAGCUGGAAGCGGAGAGUGAUAAGAUGUUUGCAGCUAGCCAGCAAUAUUGGAGACAGCUGCCUAAUUACUUACCCAUAUAUGGAGGGAAGGAAGUUGAUGGAUUGAUUUUCGACAUCGGCAAAGGUGCGGACACACCAAUCACAGGUAUACAGUUCCACAGAGUCAACAAUACGAGCAAAUACUUCAUAUUCGUCACGACGCCCACACGCCUCUACCAAUUCAUUGGGCACGCAAUGAUUUCGGACGAGAAGCCGUCGCUACAAUCGAUAUUUCAUUCAUAUCUGACCACACCGGAGACGGGAUUCCAAGAAAUACCAUCCACAUUGAAAUAUUCGAAAUUGCAGUUCUAUUUCGAUAAGAACAGCAACCCUAAAACAUUUGCUUGGCUCACUGAACCUGGGAUCUUUUAUGGCCAGUUGGAUCCAACAUCACAACAAAAUUCCAACUCGCUCUUUACCCAAAGCGAACUCAUCAAUUACCCGUCUCAAAAAGACGGCAAAGAGAAGACACCCCUCUCCUUUGUGUUAACUGAAUUCCACGCUUUACUCAUGUAUUCAGACAGAGUAAAAGCGGUAUCACUUCUCAACCAGGAAUUGGUUUACGAAGAUCGAUAUUCCGAAAUUCAUGGCAAAUUGAAGAACAUAGUUAAAGAUCCAGCUAGACGAACCAUUUGGGCCGUCACAGACAAAGCAGUAUUCCGAUACAAGGUGAACAAAGAAGAAAGGAAUGUGUGGAGGAUAUAUUCUGACAAAGAACAGUUCGAUCUGGCGAAGGAAUAUUGCCAGAAUAAUCCAGCAUUCAUUGAUAUUAUUAACGUAAAACAAGCUGAUUUGCUAUUUGCAAAGGGAGAUUACGAAAAGAGCGCCGAAGUAUUCGCGGAAACGCAGAGCAGUUUCGAGACCAUCUGUCUCAAAUUUCUCGAAGUGGACCAAAUUAAUGCGCUAAAAGUAUACUUGGGCAAGCGAUUGGAAGCCUUAAACGAUGAUGAUAAGACUCUGAUUUCCAUGAUUGUGAUCUGGUUGACUGAACUGUACUUAUCUCAACUUGGAUCGUUGAGGCGUUCAGGGAAAGAAGAUUCGCAGGAAUACCUUCAGAUCCAAAGCGAUUUUGAGGUGUUGCUCCUUCAGCCGAAAGUUGUGCAAUGUAUGCAGCAUGUGAAAUCAGUUGUGUACGACCUGAUGUCGUCUCACGGAGACAAACAGAACCUUAUCAAGUUGACGGUGAUAAAUGAGGACUACGAGAAUGUGGUAGCUCAGCACAUAUACAAGAAAUCGUUUUUGGAAGCGCUAAAUAUGCUGCAAUCGUUAAAGAAACCGGAACUUUUCUACCAAUUCACGCCAGUUUUGAUGGAGGAGACGCCUAAGAAUACGGUAGACGCUCUGAUAGCGCAAGGCCCACGGUUGAGUCCAUCGAAACUUCUGCCCGCAUUUUUAUCCUGCGAAAAUGAUGAGAAACACGCGUCAGAAAUAGCCCGCUAUUUGGAGUUUAUGGUGCAGAACUAUAAUGUGAAAGAUAAAGCGAUACACAAUUAUCUGUUGACGUUAUACGUGGAGAGCGACAAGCCGGCCUUGAUGAGGUAUCUGGCGCGGCAGGGACAGGAUGUUACUAUGGUGAAUUACGAUGUGCAUUAUGCUUUGAGAUUAUGUCGUGAGAACGGUCUUUCGGAAGCGUGUGUCACGCUGUCAGCCCUCCUGGGGCUUUGGGAGGCCGCACUAGAGCUGGCCCUUAGCGUGGACAUAACACUUGCUAAGAGUGUAGCCGCAAUGCCUGAUGAUGCUGGCACGCAGAAACGUUUGUGGCUUGGUGUUGCGGAGCACAUAAUAACAAAAAAUCAGGAUAUAAAAGAAGCGAUGGCUCUGCUAGAGGAGUGUUCCCUCAUCAAGAUUGAGGACAUCCUGCCGUUCUUCAGCGAUCUCACCACCAUAGACCACUUCAGUGAGCCAAUCUGUCAGAGCUUGGAGGAAUACAACAAUCAGAUAGAAGAACUUAAAGUGGAAAUGGAGGAUGCGACGAAAUCUGCUGAAUGCGUGCGCAAUGAGAUCCAGUCGUUCCGCAACCGGUCGGUGCUGGUGUCGGUGGCGGACGUGUGCCGCGUGUGCGACAUCGCGCUGCUGCUGCGCCCCUUCUACCUGUUCCCCUGCGCGCACCGCUUCCACACCGACUGUUUGCUCGCGCACAUACAGCCUGCGCUGCCUCCAGCCCGGCGCAACAAAUUGGCCGACCUGCAGCGACAACUCGCCGUGCUGUCCAACAUCGAGCUGUCCACGGUGACAUCCAGCGGGCUGCCGCUGCGGGAAGUGCUCCGGAACGAGAUAGACGACAUAGUCGCCAGCGAGUGCGUGCUGUGCGGGGAACAUAUGAUAUCCUGCAUAGACAAGCCGUUCAUUGCGGAUGAGGAUUGGGACCGGGUUAUGAAGGAGUGGGAGUGAUAGUGUUGUGUAUAUCAGUGAAUGAUGAAACUAAGUUUGUGUUUCGUUAGGACAAUACUGCGUUAUGUGGAAUAUUCUGCUACAGAAUAUUUUUUGAUGUUCCGCUUUGAGCUAGAAUGUGCUUUAGGUUAGAGAUGUCACUGUAAAAUUGUAAACACCAUUAGAUUACACUCUGUUUUCUAAAAAGCAAACUUUCAAGUAUAGGUGUAUGUAUCAUAAUUUAGAAACAGUUUGCAAUCUCACAAGAUGUACUCUUAACAGUUUCAUGAUUAUAGGGGGCGAUACACUCUCUAAUGAGUGCAUGCAAUAUCAAAUAUCAAAAACAUAUUUCGUGAUAAUAAAAUCGUCACUAAGACAUAGUUAUUAGUAGUCUUAUGGAUAAUGGCAUUUGAAUUCAAAACCCGUUUGUGAUAUGGCUAUUGUGGCUUAGAUCCAGUGAAGGAUGAGAUAGUGGCUUAUUAGAACGAUUCGUAUAUUAUAAUGUGUAUUAAGAUAUACUAAAAGAGCCUUUAGUAAAAUUUGUGUUAUUAUUGUAUAAAGAAACACAUCAUAAAAAAAUGUGAUCUAUUGCGAGUUAUUUUUAAACCUUUUUGUAUGUAUUACUAAUUUCAUAACGCAUAGAUUUCAGUUGAUCUGUGUAUUAUGUAAGAUUAGAAUAUUUUAAGGCUAAGACUGAUAAAAUACAUGUUUAAUAUGAUGUUAUCUCAUAAAGAUUUUUUUAAUUCAUUUAUUUAAUUCUUUUAGGAUGUGUUAUGAUUUGAAUGACACGAUUAUUAACAAAAGUUAAAAUAAUGUGUUUUGUUUUCUCGUAAUUAUAUAAGAUAUUAUUAUUAUAUUUGUAUAAAUGAAAUAAUUGUUAUAAGCUGUGAUUUAGUUUGAUUCAUAUAUACUUUAAUAUAUCAUAUGCAAUUAAA